AUGGCCACCAAGGACGCCCUCAUCGCCGAAGAAGGGCACACUAAUUUUGCGGGCGGUAGCAGCGGGGAUGUUGCCACUUUCGACAAGGUAAUUUCCUGAAAAAUUGCAAGCUCCCAAUUUUCCAAGUUUCCAGAACGCCGAAGUGGUCAAUUUCGAGCUGGAGCCGAAAGCGAUCGGACUGACGAAAGAGCAACUCGAGAAGUAUCGCAAUGAUCCGUUCUGGAAGCCGGUUAGGUAGGAUUUCUGCGCAAAGUAAUCGAAAUUCCAUUGAGAACGUGUUCAGAACCAUUCUGUUCGUCGCUUUCUGGGCCGCCUGGGCUCUCAUGUUCGCCGGAGCCAUCGCCAUCGUUGUGCUCUCGCCAAAGUGCGCCGAGAAGCAGAAGCCCGAGUGGUGGCAGACCAAAGUCUCCUAUCAGGUGAGAUAAUUAAAAAAGUGCUGUCAUCAUAACCUCAUUUUUCCACCUCUCAACUUUUUUAUAAACUCAAUGAGAGCGCGAAAGUGUGCGACGAGUCUAUGCCCAAAAUCUGAGCUGAAAUUGAAAAAUUCUCAUUAGAGCGCACUCCUAUCGCUUCCUCCCAACAAGUGUGAACAUGAGAGAUGGCCAAUCCUCCCGCCCGUCUCCCCCUUUCUCAUUUUGACAGAUUAGUACUCAGACCCCCUUUUCUCUUCGGCGAGACGGCCGAUUUGAUGACCUCGUUCACUCGCCUGUCAUCUAUUUAUCUCGACAAUUAAUCAUUUUGUGUUCACUCGGCCGCCCCCACGUAUUAUUAUUCAAAUUCCGCGGGGACCGAAAACAAAAGCUUGGGUGAUUCUCAAAUUCUUCGUCUUCAGCUCCUCACCGCCACCUUCUACGAUUCGGACAACGACGGAGUCGGAGACUUUGCCGGAAUAACCGAGAAAAUCGACUUCCUUCGCAAAAUCGGAGUGACUACCGUCUACCCGACGCCGGUUAUAAAGAUUCAAAAGGUUUUCCGAAUGAUGUUUCAGCAAAAAUCAUGUGCAAAUGAUUUUAGGAUGAAUACUUCAACUCGUACGACGUUGUCGAUCACAACGCCGUCGACGAGCGUUUCGGAAGCGAAGAUCAGUUCAAGGAGCUCAUUGAGACGGUUCACAACAGAGGUAAGCGAGGAAAAUGACAAUUCACACUUCAGUUUUCCAGCUCGAAAUCUUUUUGAAAAUUUUGUUGAAUGGCACGCUCAAGGGGAACCUAUGCCCAAUUGUUCAACAAAUUUUCAGAUAUGUACCUGGUGAUGGACCUGCCCGUCUCCACCGUCGACAUCUCGCAUCCGUGGUUCGAGAAGCGUGAGGAAGCCAAGUUUGUUCUGGCCACCCCGUCUGAUUCGGGCUUCAACGAGACCAACUUCUAUCCGUUCCACGGGUCCACUCGUGUCAAGUAUCUCGGAUAUCCGAGCAGCCAGAAUCCGGUGCUCAACUGGAAGAAUGCGGACGUGAAGGCCACCAUCAACGGCGCCAUUCAAAAGUUUUUGGAUUUGGGCGUCGACGGAUUCCACAUCGAUCACAUCAGUCAAUUGGCCGUCGAUGCCAAGGGAAAACCUAAUGUACGUGCCGAAAAAUGUGACAUUUCUCAAUAAAGGCCAUUUUCAGCACGACGAAGCGAUCAAAGUGCUGAAAGAGCUAACCCAAUCCGUCGUCCGGUACGUGCAAUCGAAGCCGGAAUUGGAAGGAAAGAAGAUUGUGCUGUUCUCGUCGCUCAAGGACGUCGAAGAGUUGCACACGAAGGCCACCGAAACCGGUAUUCUGAACACCGUCAUCGACAAUUCGUUUGCCACGUUGUCGGAGAAGAAGUGCGCGCCGUCGGUGGCGAAGUGCGUCCAUGAGGCCCUCAACGCCGCUUAUGAGAGACAUCAGGUUGGUAUUGUUUUCGAAAAAUCGAAUUUUAGCCAGGUUUUAGUAGAAGACUAUACAUUUUUAGGUGGAAAAAUACCAGAAAUCGGUAAGUUUGAUGCUCGCGUUUUUUCUAGGAAAAGACAAUAGAAUUGUGAUUGUACAAUAGCAUGGUUUUCCAUUUACCUUCUUUUCUAAUCAUUUUCCAAAAAUAACUCAUUUAGAAGGACAACUUCACUGCUCACUGGCAAUUCUCGAACGCCGACUCUUCGCGUCUGGCGUCCCGAUUCGAUUCGCAGACCGCCCAUCUCCUCUCGUUCCUCCAACUCACUCUGCCCGGCGCCAUUUCGGUCUACUACGGACAAGAGCUUGGACUGAAAGACGCGACGAACAAGGACGGACGUUACGCUCAGAUGGGAGUGAUGCAGUGGACGCCGACCGGUGGAGACCACCACGGAUUCAGCGGAAACGCCGAGCCCAUCUUCUUCCCGGAAAGUGAAGACAACCUGGAGGCUGACAACUUUGAGGUAAACGGCAUAAUUGGAAGAACACUCUGAACUCUUCUUUUUUCAGACCCAAUUCGCCAUCGACAACUCUGCGCUCAAAAUCUACCGUAAACUGGCGAAACUGCGUCAGAGAGACGAGGCGCUGAUCGUCGGACAGACUGUCCGUGACGAGCUGCUCGCCGACGACGUCAUCGUGUUCUCGCGCUUCUCUACCAACAAAACCGUCACAAAUGUGGCCACCGGCUCCGCGUUCGUCGUCGCCCUCAAUUUUGGCGAGAAGCCGCAGACCGUCGACUUUUCGAAGGAGCCCGCCGCCAAGCUCAUCCCGAUCAACAAGAACGUGCAGAACAUUGAGGUGAGCUGGAAAAUCUGAACAUUUCACUUUCAGCGAAGAGGGCUGAAAGUUUGGAAUGUGUCAGGUUUUGAUGGCAACCAGACGGGGAGCCCAAUUUCUAUUUUUUGCAGAUCUCGGUGGUGACUGCCAAUGUGACCGAGUACAAGAUCCGCGAGCACUACAAUCUCAUCGAGAAGCCGCUCGUGGUGCCGCCCAAGCAGGCAGUCCUCUUCAAGCUGUAA